GACUAAAAUGGCAGGAUACAAUAAUAUUACUGCUGCAUUUGCUGUGAUGGUGAUAGCUUUUUUGGUUUUCCGGCCGGCAAGCAUGGUAGUGUUGGCAGAUUAUAUCUUUGCUGUCGGAGAAGACACUGGCUGGAAUGAUCAACGUUAUGAUUACCAGGCUUGGGCUGAUAACUAUUUUUACAAUCCUGGAGAUACGCUAUUUUUCUUGUACGAUCCAGGUCUAUAUGACGUUGUUGUUGCAGGCAGUGCUGAGUUGUUUGAUGCAUGUUCUAUCGAUCACAACUUGGGUUUUUAUCAUACUGGCCGGGACGAGUUAGUCUUGCCAACCCCUGGGACCUAUUAUUUCUUUGAUAGGGCCACAUGCAAAGAUUUUCACAUGAAGUUCUACGUGAAUGUGAACUAAAAAUGUCAAUGGAAACCAAAUAUCUGCCUUUUCAACAAAUCCAGCACCUUGGAGAGAAAUGUCUUGGGAACCUCUUGUCUUUAUAAUACCAGUGCAAGCAUAAUAGUUUAAGACUUAUGUUCUAUAUGGUUCACAAUUAUAUUUGAGGUCUCGUUCAGUUAGUCUGUUUUAUAUUUUAUUUUAGGAGGUAUUG